CUGGACAAUACGCUGGUCAUCCUGUCCACUGUGGCCCCAGAUGCUGGACGAUACUAUGUGCAAGCUGUGAACGACAAGAACGGAGAAAACAAGACCGGCCAACAUAUAACACUGUCUGUGGAAAAUGUUGGUGGUCCUGCAGACCCCAUCGCACCCACCAUCGUCAUCCCGCCGAGGAACACCAGCGUCAUCUCGGGCACCUCUGAGGUCACCAUGGAGUGUGUGGCCAAUGCCAGGCCACUGAUAAAGCUGAGCAUCAGCUGGAAGAAGGACGGUGUGUUGGUUAGGAGUGGCCUGAGUGAUUUUAACCGCAGACUGACCGUGUUGAGUCCAGCAGUCAGCGACUCAGGCUUUUAUGAGUGUGAAGCUGUUCUCCGCAGCAGCAGCGUUCCCUCGGUCAGCGCUGGAGCAUAUCUGCAUGUGCUUGAACCGCCUCAGUUUGUGAAGGAACCUGAGAAACACAUCACAGCGGAGAUGGAGAAAGUUGUGGACAUUCCCUGUCAGGCCAGAGGUGUCCCUCAGCCUGAUAUCGUGUGGUAUAAAGACGCAGUUCCCAUAAGUCCUGUGAAGACGCCUCGAUACAGAGUGUUGAGUGGGGGUAGCCUUCAGGUAAACGGCCUUCUGCCUGAUGACACCGGGAUGUUCCAGUGCUUUGCCCGAAACCAAGCCGGAGAGGUGCAGACCAACACCUACCUCGCAGUGACCAGUAUAGCACCGAACAUCACGGCAGGGCCUUCCGACAGCACUGUGAUUGACGGCAUGUCAGUUAUCCUGCACUGUGAGACCUCGGGAGCGCCCCGUCCUGCCAUCACCUGGCAGAAAGGAGAACGAGUGCUGGCAAGUGGUUCCGUUCAGCUCCCGAGGUUUACUCUCCUGGAAUCAGGAAGUUUACUCAUAAGCCCGUCCCAUAUAUCAGACGCUGGCACCUACACCUGCAUGGCCAGCAACUCACGUGGCAUAGAUGAGGCCUCUGCUGACCUUGUGGUCUGGGCGCGCACACGCAUUACUAAUCCCCCUCAGGAUCAGAGCGUCAUCAAAGGAACGAAAGCCACCAUGACUUGCGGUGUGACACAUGACCCCAGCGUCUCAGUCAGGUUUGUUUGGGAGAAGGACGGUCAGGUGAUCCUCCCUCAAGGUUUGCCCCGGCUGCGUCUGGACAUCAACGGGACUCUGCACAUCUCUCAGACCUGGUCAGGAGACAUCGGCACAUACACCUGCAGAGUGACGUCAGUUGGCGGCAACGACUCCCGCAACGCACACUUGCGCGUCAGGCAGCUGCCUCACGCCCCUGAGAACCCCAGCGCAGUGUUGAGCAACACAGAGAAGAGAGCCAUAAACCUGACGUGGGCCAAACCUUUUGAUGGCAAUAGCCCUCUAAUCCGCUACAUUCUGGAAGUUUCUGAAAACAACGCUCCUUGGACAGUCCUGUUGGCCAACAUCGAGCCUGAAUCAACCGCUGUAACGGUGAACGGCCUGAUCCCGGCACGCUCCUACCAGUUCCGCCUGUGUGCCGUCAACGAUGUGGGCAAAGGCCAGUUCAGCAAAGAAACUGACCGAGUGUCUCUUCCAGAAGAGCCUCCCAGUGCUCCCCCUCAAAACGUCAUCGCCAGUGGCCGCACAAACCAGUCCAUCAUGAUUCAGUGGCAGCCUCCUCCCGAAAGCCACCAAAAUGGCAUCCUCAGAGGAUACAUCAUCCGGUAUCGUCUGACCGGCCUGCCUGUGGAUAUCCAGUAUAAAAAUAUCUCGAACCCUGAUGUCACCAAUCUGCUGCUGGAGGAUCUCAUCAUCUGGACUAAUUAUGAAAUUGAAGUGGCGGCUUAUAAUGGAGCUGGACUGGGGGUUUACUGUCAUAAAGUUACAGAGUGGACACUUCAGGGAGUUCCCACCAUUGCUCCAGGCAACGUGAAAGCAGAGCCCGUCAACUCCACCACAAUCCGCUUCACCUGGACAGCCCCGAACCCGCAGUUCAUCAACGGCAUCAACCAGGGCUACAAGCUGUUAGCAUGGGAGCCAGCAAAGGAAGAUGAGACGACAGUAGUGACGGUUCGGCCGAAUUUUCAGGACAGUGUUCAUGUAGGCCACAUAGGCGGAUUGAAGAAGUUCUCAGAGUACUACACAUCUGUGCUGUGCUUCACCACACCAGGAGACGGACCCCGCAGCCCUCCAAGACGACUACGAACACAUGAAGACACUCCUGGUGCUGUGGGUCACCUGAGCUUCACUGAGAUUCUGGACACUUCUCUAAAAGUCAGCUGGAGAGAGCCAAAUGAGAAGAACGGCGUUCUGACUGGUUAUCGUAUAUCAUGGGAGGAGUACAACCGCACUAACACACGAGUUACACACUAUCUGCCCAAUGUGACUCUGGAGUACCGAGUGACCGGACUGACGGCUCUCACCACAUACACCAUUGAGGUGGCAGCCAUGACCUCUAAAGGCCAGGGUCAGCUGUCUUCCUCAACCAUCUCUUCAGGAGUACCACCAGAACUUCCCGGGCCGCCCACAAACCUGGCCAUCUCAAACAUUGGCCCUCGAACGGUAACCUUACAGUUCAAGCCCGGAUACGACGGCAAGACUUCAAUUUCCCGUUGGCAGGUGGAGGCUCAGGUGGGAGUCAUUGGGGAGAAUGAGGAUUGGGUGAUGGUUCAUCAGCGGACCAAUGAGCCUGAUGCUCGCUCUCUGGAGGUCUCUGGCCUCAAUCCUUACACAUUUUACAGGUUCCGAAUGCGCCAGGUGAAUAUAGUGGGCACCAGUCCACCCAGCCAGCCUUCCAGAAAGAUCCAGACCCUGCAGGCUCCUCCUGAUGCCCCUGCAAAUGUCACCCUACGGACAGCCAGUGAAACUAGUCUCUGGCUUAGAUGGUGGUAAGUUCCUCUUCCUGAAUGGGAGUACAAUGGAAACCCUGAUUCGGUGGGUUACCGUGUGCAGUACAGCAGAACUGGAGCUCCAUCUAAAGCCCUGCUGCAUGUCAUCGCAGACCGUCUGGAGAGAGAGUUCACCAUCGAGGACCUGGAGGAGUGGACUGAGUAUGAGGUCAGAGUUCAGGCCAUCAACGGCAUCGGAGCUGGACCCUGGAGUCAACCUGUACGUGGCAGAACCAGAGAGUCUGUCCCCUCUUGUGGCCCCACAAAUGUUUCUGCAUUUGCUACUACCUCCAGCAGCAUUCUGGUCCGCUGGUUUGAAGUUCCUGAACCCGACCGGAAUGGGCUCAUUCUUGGAUAUAAGGUGGCAUACAAGGAGAAGGAUUCAGACUCUCCUUCUCAGUUCUGGACUGUUGAAGGAAACGCCAGCCAUAGUGUUCAGCUGACUGGACUGGGGAAAUAUGUUCUGUAUGAGAUCCAGGUUUUAGCCUUUACCCGCAUCGGAGACGGCCGACCCAGCACUCCUUCAAUCCUGGAACGAACCCUUGAUGACGUGCCCGGGCCGCCUGUUGUCAUACUGUUUCCUGAAGUUCGGACCACUUCAGUCAGACUCAUCUGGCAGCCACCUUCCCAGCCCAAUGGCAUCAUACUCGCCUAUCAGAUCACAUACCGGCUGAACUCCACCAAUAGCAACACGGCCACGUUUGACGUGUUGAACUCCAGCGCACGGCAGUAUACCGUCACCGGACUGAGGCCGGAAUCGGUGUAUGUGUUUCGUAUCAGAGCGCAGACACGCAAGGGAUGGGGAGAGGCAGCAGAAGCCUUAGUCGUCACUACUGAGAAGAGAGCUCGGCCUCAGCCCACCAGUCGUCCCACAGUCCCUCAGGAGAAUGUGCAGGCGCGCAGUGUGCUGUUGUCAUGGGAACCCGGCAGCGAUGGUUUAUCGCCAAUUCGUUAUUACACAGUUCAGGUUCGCGAGCUGCCCGAGAAGAACUGGACGGUCCAUUCUGCCUCUGUCAGCCACGAGUCCAGCUCCUACAUUGUAGACAGACUGAAGCCUUUCACCUCGUAUCAGUUCAGAGUGAAGGCCACUAACGAUAUUGGAGACAGUGACUACAGUCAAGAGAGUGAAGCCAUCACAACACUACAGGACGCUCCAGACGAAUCUCCUACGAUUCUCACCGUCACGCCGCACACCACGACCUCGGUGCUGAUUUGCUGGCAGCCCCCUCCUGAGGAGAAGAUUAACGGAAUCCUGCUUGGCUUUCGAAUCCGAUAUCGAGAGUUGCUUUAUGAUCGGCUUCGAAGUUUCAGCGUUCACACCAUCAGCAGUGCUUCAGCCAGCUGGGCAGAACUCACCUCUCCAUAUAGCACGAGGAACCUCAGUGAACCUUCCCUCACCCAAUAUGAGCUGGACAAUCUUUUGAAGCACAAGCGCUAUGAAAUCCGAAUGAGCGUGUAUAAUGCUGUGGGUGAAGGGCCAACCAGCUCACCACAGGAAGUCUUUGUUGGUGAAGCAGUUCCCACUGCCCCGCCUCAAAAUGUGAUCAUCCAAUCAGCAACUGCGACACAGUUUGAUGUGACGUGGGACCCGCCUCCACUGGAGACUCAGAAUGGAGAUAUUCAGGGCUAUAAGAUUUUCUUUUGGGAAUAUCAGCGGAAAAACGAGACAGAGAAACUGCGAACUCUCUUCCUGCCAGAAGGAGGGGUGAAGCUGAAGAAUCUAACAGGCUACACCACCUACAUGAUCAGUGUUGCUGCUUUCAAUGCCGCUGGUGAUGGGCCACGCAGCCCUCCGACCAGAGGAAGAACACAACAAGCCGCUCCCAGCGCUCCCAGUUUCAUCCACUUCAGUGAGCUCACCACAACCUCCGUGAACGUGUCGUGGGGCGAACCGGUCUUUCCUAAUGGCAUCAUCGAGGGCUACAGACUCAUCUAUGAGCCCUGCAUGCCUGUGGAUGGCGUCAGUAAAAUCGUAACAGUGGACGUGAAGGGAAAUGCGCCGCUCUGGCUGAAAAUCAAAGACCUUGCAGAUGGUGUCACAUACAACUUCCGCAUCCGUGCCAAAACCUUCACCUACGGUCCUGAGGUGGAGGCCAACAUCACUACAGGACCUGGAGAAGGAGCCCCGGGGCCUCCUGGUGAGCCCUUCAUCUCUCGUUAUGGCUCCGCCCUCACCAUCCACUGGGCCAAUGGGGACCCUGGACGAGCACCAAUCACACGCUAUGUUAUUGAGGCCAGACCCUCAGAUGAAGGAUUGUGGGACAUCUUAAUCAAGGACAUUCCCAAGGAAGUGACAUCGUACACAUUCAACAUGGAUAUCUUGAAGCAGGGAGUCAGCUAUGACUUCAGGGUCAUUGGUGUAAAUGAUUAUGGGUAUGGCUCUCCAAGCCAACCGUCACCAUCCAUAUCAGCCCAGAAAGUGGCUCCCUUCUAUGAGGAAUGGUGGUUUCUGGUGGUGGUGGCUCUGGUCGGCCUCAUCUUCAUUCUGCUUCUGGUUUUCAUCCUCAUCAUCAGAGGCCAGAGCAAGAAAUAUGCCAAGAAAUCUGACUCAAGCAACAACUCCAACUGCAAUGCCCUGACACAUGGAGAAAUGGUUAGCCUGGAUGAGAGCCGCUUCCCUGCUUUAGAACUGAACAAUCGACGUCUGUCUGUCAAAAAUUCCUUCUGUCGCAAAAACGGCGUUUAUACCAGGUCACCACCUCGUCCCAGUCCAGGCAGUCUACAUUACUCAGAUGAGGACGUCAGCACUAAAUACAAUGAUCUGAUCCCAGCGGAGAGCAGCAGUUUGACAGAGAAACCCUCCGAGAUCUCAGACUCACAGGGCAGUGACAGUGAAUAUGAGGUGGACCCCAAUCGCCAGAAGACCCAUUCCUUUGUCAACCACUACAUCAGCGACCCGACGUACUACAACUCCUGGCGCAGGCAGCAGAAGGGAAUAUCCAGAGCGCAGGCCUACAACUACACCGAGUCUGAGUCUGGUGAGCCCGAACACUGCGCCCCUCCUCCGCCUCUGCCUCCUCUUCCUCCUCUGCCACCGUUCCCCCCUCAGCUCAGCUCUCCUACGCCCCAGAGCCAGUCCCAAACUGGCAGCCUUUUCAGGCCCAAGGGCAGCCGGACUCCCACUCCAUCCCAGCAGAGCUCCAACCCACCCAGUCAGCAUGGCACACUUUAUCGGCCCCCAAGCAGCUUGGCUCCGGGCUCCCGAGCCCCUAUCGCAGGCUUCUCCUCAUUUGUUUGAUAGGAUGAAGAUAUCGGAUACAUGGAAACACAAAACGAAGACAAGGGGAUCUUGUUUUCCUAAACGCCUGGUCACUCUACUGAAGAACGGCAACAAACAUCAAGCCCAGGAUCUGUUGUGCUUUACCUUCAUUUUUGUAUACUUCCUUUGAUCACACAUGGUUUGUUUUUUUUAUUUUCUUUCGGUUUUGCGUUUGUUGUUUUGUUUCUUUGCUUGUGUGUACACUCUGUUUAUAAUGAAAGACAAUCACUUGGAAAGACAUGUAAAUGCAUUGGUUUGUUUAUUUUUUGCUGGCUGAAUUAACUGCAUGACUUUUUGUUUCACUUUCUUUUUUGUUUGGCUCUCAUCUUUUUGUUUUGUUCCACAAAAGUACAACACCAACACUAUGUUACGAAUGCUGGACAGACAACACAUGAAAAAGACAUUUUAAAUAAAUAAAUAAAUAAAUAGCGCUCAGUACUUGGACAACCAGCGGUGACUGACAUCAUGAAAAAUGCUAAAUGGUGGCUUUUUACUGCGGUACUUUUGUUCCUACACAGAUAGCAAAGUACCGCGGUGAUUAGGGGAGGUUAAAGUUCAUUUGAGUAUGAUCUGAUAAAGACUCGCCUGCACUUAGCACAUGUUUGAGUUGGAAAGCUAGCAUCAUUUAUUGAUGUCACAGGUCAGUGCUUUGAGAAGGCCAAAGGUCAAAGUAAGUGCUUCACGCUAAUCUGUGUAUUGAAUGUUUUGUUCCGGAGAGAUGAAAUGUAGAUUGAGGACUUGAGAACGAGUAUAUUUUCCCUUGUGAUAGAUGAAAGGCCAAAUAUGUAAGAGUCUAAUUCACUAUGAUAUUAUUAUACUAUUGCUCUGGAUUCAGAGUUGUUCGUGUCAGCGGCGGGUGUAUGUUUGUGUGUAUGUGUGUGUGUAUGUGGUGGGCAGGGUCAUUGUUGCUCCUUUUGAUUUGACUCUAUGAUGUCAUCAUCCUGAGGUUCAGGUUGCACUUCGGCCGUGCAAGCGGUAACGUUGGACAUAAAUAACAGUGGAUAUCAGAUAUUAACCAGCAUCUCAGGCGAAGCUGGAGGUAAAAAACUGUCAUCAAAGAGUUCCUCUUCACACAUCUCUUGGAUAUUCCUUUCCCUGCUCAUCCAACAACGUCAUAGACGCUGACAACAUUUCAAAGAUUGUGCAACCAAGCAUAUGUAUUGUACCUGUGAACUUUAAACCACAUGGAUUUUUUCAACACUUCGCUUCGACACGGCUAUUCAAAGUUACUGAAGAUAAAAGAAAACGGACUAAGGGACCCAACACAACGCCAGCAGAGAACUAAACGGCACUUGCACAGCUUACUUGUGAGGUUUAAUGAUGUUGUUUGCUAUUUCUUUUCCGUGAAGUGAUUUUACUGUCUGUAUAAACAAGGUCAAUCACAUGCUCAGUCUGCCUGAACACAGUAUAUUCCUAAAUAAAUUAUGUUUUCUGCAAAAGG